AUGGCGGGCGAAGACGAUCAAUGGUUGCAGCUUGUUCAAGCCAGGCAGCUGGCUACUCAAAAUAAACCGGGCGAAAUGCUGCCUAAAGUUCUGGAGACCGCAGCGUCCCUGUAUCGCUCCUCGCAUUCUAAAAAGCUGGGGAAACUGUGUGUUGAACUGCUAAUGGAAGUUGUGGACCAUGACGCCGUUCCAAAAAGUGAGAAACCUUUCCUGGUGUCUCUUUACCUGCAGCUUUUAUGGGACGUAUCUCAAAACGAUGUCAGUCACUGUACUUUCCGGGAUAUCAUUUUAACGUUUGCCCGCACUUACGAGUUGCUUUUUGAUCUUAUAGCCAAAACUUCCGAUGUUCAGCUUUGGAAUCUCAUGUGUGAGCUAAAAGAGUUCAUUCUGUCUCAGUGGAAGACAACCUUCCCGCUAAAGCCAUCAGGAGAUAUACUUGGCGAUCAUUCGCGUUCGCUAGGUGUGAAGCUAGCAACGGUGAAGUUUAUCUCCAAAGUUGUGGUAGUGCACACGAACGGGAACUCCGGAAUAGGCCUUGCAUCGGUGCCAGACAAUCAUCCUAUUUUUAAAAGCAAAUCUGCUCUUGAAAGUGAGGCGAAAAAGUUGCUAGACUAUCUCUUAAACUAUCUGAGUGAGGAGCCCAUGAUGGUAACGCCACUGUUUAAUGGUAUACUCAAUUGUCUUGGGUUCGUGAUGAAACAACGUCCUCAAGCCACGAGCCGCAUUUUAGCUGGCAUUUUACGAUUUAAUAUCGAUCUCAAAUAUCAGCAAGAGACAGACUCGGUGCUCAAUUAUCGCAUGGCUAAACGUUUCGUUGAGCGCUGCUACAAGAAUUUCGUGCAGUUUGGACUAAGGUCGCAAUUGAUAAGGAACUCUGGAACUACUGGUCAGUACUAUAACAAGCUUUCGAAAAUUUCGCAGACAUUACAUACAAUCGGCGAAGAAACAAGAGCAAAAGGAAUUCUGAACUUCGAUGCCAAACAGGUAGAACGUAAGAUGCCUUCUCGAGAGAGAUCGCGCUAUGUUGCCGCCGCACAGGCCCAGCUGUCCUCAGCAGAGAACCAGAAAAACGGCAAGCAAGAACCUAAAAUAUUAGGCCCUCCUGAUAUUCAGUUAUUGAAUGAUCUGCAGAAGUAUACGAUGUUUAAAUCCUCGACGUCAGGAUUCUUCAAUACUUCUCCUGUGGCAUUUGAUAACUCCUAUGCAUCUGUAUAUUCACUGAUGAACAGCAAAAGCUCAGAAAUUAACGUCUCAAAACUUUCACAAUCCUCCAGAAUCAAGUUGUGCACGGAAAGUCUUUUCAACACCGACACUAACAAAAUCAUAGCUGGAUUGUCGAUAGUGGCCUCAAGGUACACUGACUUGAUGAACAAGACGAGCGCAGGUGAGGGUGGGAAAAAAAGGGCACCCGACGACGAAUUACAGCAUCCGAAUAUUAAAAAACAAGCUCCAGAACCAGAAGACGAGGAUAUUUUGGAGGAUGAGGACAAACAAGAAUUUUCGCUUGGAGCUCCUUCGCCACUUACAGGCAAAGAAAAGAAAGAACAUUUCGAGCGUAUUCUGGAGCACAUUGCAAAAAUCAAAGAUUCGGAAGAAGAACAGGCACUCACAACACUUCCGAAUGCAAGCGCUUUAACGAAAAUCAGGCUUCAAGAUUGGGACAAUAAAACUUCGUGGCUUACGCUUUUAUCUAGGCUAGCCACAAGAGGGGUAAGUCACAAUCCCGAAAUGAGCGACAUAGUAAGGCAAAGUAUUUACGAUUAUUUCGUCGAGGACUUUGGGAACCGCAUUGCUGUGGUAAUUGAAUGGCUGAGCGAAGAAUGGUAUUUCGAAGCGGUCAUGUGUUCCGCUCCUGCGGCCGAUGUCACGUCUACCCCCAUUUAUGAUAAGUGGUCUCUAAAAGUGCUGGACUCGAUCGUUCCGUUUUUGGAGAAUUCGCAUAGGAGGCAUUUCAUCCGUCUCGUCAGUGAGCUACCGCACUUGUCCCAACAGCAUCUCGACAGAAUAAAAUCUCUAUGUCUCGAUCCACUCAGAGCGUCUCUAGGAUUCCAGUCGCUGAAAUUUAUGCUCAUGUUUCGUCCACCGGUAAAGCCGUUCAUCAAAGUCGCACUCGACGCAGUAAAGGAGGAGGAUGAGUCCCUGAAGGAGCAGUGCGAAUCGCUGAUUUCAAAAUUCUUCUGA